AAAUCAAUCAAACAUGCAGUGGAAUCUACAAAGCCUAGCUCCAAAUCCUACUAACACAACUUCCUCAACUUCCCAGCAGUUAUUCACCGCCGCGAACCAUUUACACAAAAAGCAUAAAAUCGAAAGCUUUACUCUGCUACGGGAAAAAGCUGUGGAGGAGUUACCAAUUUCAAUCGCCGAAGAAAUGUCAAAGGACACGCAGGACAUCGCAGGUCACGCCCUCACGCAGCACUCCGAUUCCGUCGAAUGCUCCGAGUCUCUGACAAAUCGCAGGGCUCUCAGCACUCAGCACAGUCAGCAGUCGUUUAAUCGCAGCACUCCGUCUAGUCGUCCACCAGUCCCGCAGAAGUACGAAAAUGCUUUUCUGAAGUAUGCCAAGAUUGAUCCCUACUUUGUUAUUGAUUUCUCAAAGGAUAAAGUAGAUAAAGUAGAUAGACAUCCUAAUGCUAAAGAUUGUGUUCAAGCUAAAAAUUUGAUGAUUUUUUUGGAGGCUUUCUACGAUGCUACUAAACAUUUGUCUGGUACUUAUGUGACAUCUAACUUGCUCUUUUUUGAGAUUGUGGCUAUAUAUAAGAUGUUGCAAAAUCUUGAAAAUAUUGAUGAGGUGAUUGAUGUUCAAGAUAUAGAGAUUGGUGUACAUGGUGAAGAAGAUUAAGUUAUGGUGAAAAACUUCAAAGAAAUGACUUACCGUAUG